AUGUUCAGAUCAUCUUUAAGAACUAUUUCUAGAGUUUCUACUCGUCAAUUAACUAAAUCAUCAUUCAAAUCAAUUCCAUUACAACAAAGAAUCAUAGGAUCAAAUCCAAUAAUAACCAAACAAUAUAAUAAUAGAUCAUACGCAACAAAUGCAUCAGAUUUAGCAGCUCAUCCAAAAGUUCAAGAAUUAUUUGAACAAAUGCAAAAACAUCCAUCCAUUUUAAGUUCAUUACAAGAUAUAAGAGAUGCUAUAAAAUUUAAAACUGAACAAUCAAUUAUAAAUAAUGGUGAAUUAAAUGAAUCAAAAUUAAUUGAAAUUUUUAAAGAUCCUGAAGUUUUAGAAUUAUUUAAUAAAUUUUUCAAUGAAAUGACUAAAGCUGGUUUACAAAUUACUGAUCCAAAACAAUUAGAUUUCUUACAUGCUUAUAUUGGUUCACAAACAACCUUAUGA